GGAGGAGUAAAACACAUCAUAAUCAUCUCUCUGUCUCUGGUUUCUCCUCCUCCUACAUGCAGUCCAGCGCGAGGGCAGCGCAUGCAUGCAUGCAUGUCCAGCUGUACUGAGCUGUGAGCUCGAGCUCCACCAUCAUUCGCUUGAAUGGAGACGUUGCUUCUCAGUUUCUACUGAACCGAGGUUAGUCCUCCAGAGCUGUCGUCUGCACUUCUACUUCAUCUUCUGUCCGGUUUCAGGUCCGUGAACAGUCAUGACCAAAUCAUACGAAUUCAACUGGCAGAAACGUGUUCCAGAGUUCCUGCUGGAGGGAGCCGUGUUUGACCGGUUUGAUGAGGACCCCUUCGUGUUUGAGCCGAACUGCAGUUUCAAAGUGGAUGAGUUUGGCUUCUUUCUCACUUGGAAGAGUGACGGGAAGGAAGGUCAAGUUCUGGAAUGUUCUCUGAUCAACAGCAUUCGUCCUGGAGUCGUGCCGAAGGACUUAAAGAUUCUGGCAUGUCUCGAGGGGGCGGGGAAGAGCGAGGCCGAUCUUGAUGGUCGCAUCAUCUGCGUGUGCAGCGGACAGGACCUGGUCAACCUCAGCUUCAUGUACAUGCUGACGGACAGCCCGGAUACUGCAAAGAAAUGGAUGGAAGGGUUGAAAUCGGUGAUUCACAACUUCAAGGCCAAUAAUGUUUGUCCGAUGACCUGUCUGAAGAAACAUUGGAUGAAACUGUCCUUCCUCACAAACGUGAACGGACAAAUCCCGGUGCGAGGAAUCACUAGGACGUUCGGCUCGGGUAAAACGGAGAAAGGAAUAUUUCAGGCUCUGAAGGAGCUCGGCCUGCCCAGUGGAAAGAACGAUGAAAUUGAACAUUCGGUCUUCACGUUUGAUGUCUUCUACGCCCUCACUCAGAAAAUUUGCCCUCGCACAGACAUAGAGGAGCUUUUCAAGAAGAUCAAUGUGGACAAAAGUGAUAAUUUAACCGUAGAGCAGUUAGUCAGCUUUCUAAAUGAAAACCAGCGAGACCCUCGACUCAAUGAGAUCCUCUUUCCAUUCUACGACCCCAAGCGAGUGAUGCAGAUCAUCGAGAAGUACGAGAGAGACGGAGACUUAAAGAAGAAAGGUCUCAUGUCUAGUGACGGGUUCUGUCGGUACCUGAUGUCAGAUGAGAAUGCGCCCGUGUUUCUGGACCGGUUGGAUAUGUGUCAGGAGAUGGAUCAUCCUGUGGCUCAUUAUCUCAUCAGUUCUUCACACAACACUUAUCUAAACGGACGACAGUUUGGCGGCAAAUCUUCUGUUGAGAUGUACCGACAGGUGUUGCUGUCCGGCUGCAGGUGCAUUGAGUUGGACUGCUGGGAUGGUAAAGGUGAAGAUCAGGAGCCAAUCAUAACUCACGGAAAGGCCAUGUGCACUGAUAUUCUGUUUAAGGAUGUAAUCAAGCCAUUAAAGAGACAAGCGUUUGUGACCUCUGUAUAUCCCGUCAUUCUCUCCUUUGAGAACCACUGCAGUAAAACGCAGCAGUAUAAGAUGUCCAAAGUAUUGCGAGGAGACCUUUGGUGAUCUGUUUACUCAAGGCAGCCGCUGGAGGGUUUUCCAGUACAGCAGCUGGAGUCCUUCAAGAAGCACAUGGAAGCUGGUGAGAUGAGCAUACAGGCUGAGAAGUUGUACAACGAUGAAGACCUGAGAGCGACCAGCAACAAUCUGUCCAUGUCAGAAGAUCCCAGUGAGCAGAAGACUCACGACAGUCUCAAGAAGAAGGUGAGGGAGGAGAAUCGGCAGAAGAUGCAGAUGCCAGAGCAGCAACUGAUCGCCUCAUAUAAGUAUGAAGGAGCUACAACUAACAUCCACCCGUAUCUGUCGGCCAUGGUGAACUGCCAGCCCGUCAAGUUUCAGGGAUUUGAGGUUGCAGAGGAGAGAAACAUUCAUCACAACAUGUCCUCGUUCAACGAGUCUGUUGGUUUGGGCUAUCUGAAGACGAACGCCAUCGAGUUUGUGAACUACAACAAGCGACAGAUGAGCCGGAUUUACCCCAAAGGAGGCCGUGUGGACUCCAGCAAUUACAUGCCUCAGAUCUUCUGGAAUGCCGGCUGCCAGAUGGUUUCUCUCAACUUCCAGACUCCAGAUCUCGGCAUGCAGCUGAAUCAGGGCAAGUUCGAGUAUAACGGCGCGUGUGGGUAUCUUCUGAAGCCAGACUUCAUGAGACGCUCUGACCGGAUGUUUGACCCGUUCUCUGAGACUCCUGUGGAUGGAGUUAUAGCAGCGACCUGCAGCGUACAGGUGUUCUCAGGUCAGUUUCUAUCAGAUAAAAAGAUUGGCACGUAUGUGGAGGUGGAUAUGUACGGGCUGCCCACAGACACCAUCAGAAAAGAGUUCAGGACACGGAUGGUGAUGAACAACGGACUCAAUCCAUAUUACAACGAGGAACCCUUCGUCUUCAGAAAGGUGAUCUUACCUGACCUGGCCGUGUUAAGGAUCGCCGUGUAUGAUGACAAUAACAAGCUGAUCGGUCAGAGGAUUCUGCCGCUGGAUGGUCUUCAGGCGGGUUACAGACACAUUUCACUGCGUAAUGAAGGAAACAAACCUCUUUCACUCCCCACUGUUUUCUGCAACAUCGUCCUGAAGACUUACGUACCCGACGGCUUCGGUGCUAUCGUAGACGCUCUUUCUGAUCCAAAGAAGUUCCUCACUAUUGCAGAGAAGCGUGCCGAUCAGAUGCGAGCUCUCGGCAUUGAAACGAGCGAUAUAGCAGACGUGCCCAACGAAUGCCUCAAGACGGAUAAGAAAGUCAAGAGUAACGUGACUCAUCAGACCAGCUCAGACAUGAACGCUGCACAGAACAACAUCACAGAGAACAAACGCGAUCAUUCUGCUGUUGUAAAUCAGGUGAACAUUGAAGAUCUGAAACAGAUGAAGAGCUUCAUUAAACUGGUGAAAAAGCAGCAGAAGGAGCUCAACACCUUAAAGAAACGUCACACUAAGGAACACAACGCUGUGCAGAAAUCUCACUGUACUCAAGUGGAUAAACUGGUGGCUCAACAUGACAAAGAGAAGUUUACUCUGGAGAGACUUCUGGAGAAAGCCAUCAAAAAGAGAGGAGAAAACAACUGCUCGGAGUUAAAGAAAGAAACAGCGAUAAAGGUGGAGAUGCUUACCACAGGCCACAAAGAAAAGGUGAAAAACAUAGUAGCCCAGCAGACUAAAGAGUGGUCGGAGAUGAUCAACGGUCACAGUACAGAGGAACAGGAAGUGAAGGACGCUCACGUGACACAGCAGUGUGAGGUCUUGAAGAAGCUGCUGGCUAGCGUUCACGAGCAACAGACGCUGCAGCUCAAACUCAUUCACGAGAGGCAGAGCAAAGAGAUGAAGGGGAACCAGGCCAAGACGUCUAUGGAGAACAGCAAAGCCAUCAGUCAGGACAAGAGCAUUAAAAACAAAGCGGAGCGCGAGAGGAGGGUUCGAGAGUUAAACAGCAGUAAUACCAAAAAAUUCCUGGAAGAAAGAAAAAGGUUGGCCAUGAAACAGGCGAAAGAAAUGGAGCAACAACAGAAGACACAGAGAGACCAGCUGGAGAAGCUGGAGAAAUUCAACGAGCAGCUUUUGAAAUCCCAUCGUGCCAAGUGUCCGACUGAAGGCCAGAGACCUGCAGAAGAUGCUGAAGCUGGAGGAGGAGAUGGACCGCAGACCAGCCACAGUGGUGUAAACCCUCCGAGCGUCAACUGACACCCUCACAGAUCUGCUGUUCCCUUUCACCUCUGCAGUCCUGUAACUCCGCCCCCUCACCCUACCUCAGCUGAAACUCCACCCACUCCCCCCCGCUUCUGCAGCUGUGUCCAGCCAAUCACCGGCUUCCAGGUCGGACCGUAGCUCCACCCGCUCCCUCUGGUUUGACUGCCGCGUCACGCGGCACCGUUCUCCAGCACAAUUUCGUGAGGACACACACACACACAAGACAUGCACGUGUGCGUUCAUCAUCAUCAUCAUUGCUGAGCUAGUAACCGUAGCAGCAAACGGACCAAUCCGAUUAAGAGCAGAUCUAGUUUGUAUUGUGUGAAUGAAGCGCUCUUUCUAUAUGUGAUAGGAUGUCCGAGGAUCUUUGAAUAUGUAGCAGAGCAUUACAGUAGCGUCUCUCUAUCUCUGUACAGUAAGAAUGUAAAGCGUCUCACACACACACUGUACGGACGCGUCUCACACACACUGUACAGACACACACCCGUCCUCAUUUAUCAUGGCUUUAUUUAUGUGUUUUAGAUACAAGACUCACAGGCAGUUUUAUUCAGCAUUGGUUUGUUUUUAGAGGUUUUAAAAUGCUGUGGGUUGUGUACUGGACCUGUUUGAAGACCGUUUGGCUCCUGACAGUCCAAAGUGUACGGCCAAUGACGGGUGAAAUCUUAACAUAUGAGACGGAUGUGAUCACACACGCUGAACGUUCCUCUUGGACACUGAAUUGUAUUUUCUGUUUUUAUUUAUUUUGGUUUGUGGUGUUUUGGGCCGUUCUGAUGGUUUGGGGAUGAAUGGGAACUGGUUCUAAUGGUUAUUGUUGGUUUGUCUCUUUUCUUUUUCUCAUGUUCAUGUUAUUAAGUGUUUGGCGUUGUCCCACAUAUCUCGUGUGAAAGCAAAGUGAUUGAACCAUUUUAAAACACCAUCGCAAACAAAUGUGCCACCACAUGUCGGGUAGGAUGUUUAUAUUAUUUUACAAGCUGAUAUAAUGCCAAAAUAAGGGGUUUGUUUCUAUAAAGAUGCAUAUAUAAAGAUAUAUAUAUAUAUAUAUUAUGAAAUAGAGUGAGUAGUUUUAGACUAUAUUUUGUUUCUUAGAAGCUUUUUGCACUAGCUGAAUGUUUUCUGUUGCUAUGAUCUUGUGGAUCUGUGUCCAGACCUCUCGUAGCUUCUCUGUGGACCGCUGUGAGUGCUUUUGUAUUUCUAUUGUAUUUGUCAAACUUCUUGUAAUCACAAUACUCAACAAAAACACAACCUGUUGUUCUCCUGCUACUUUAAUACUGUUUUAUAGUAUGUGUACCAAUAAACUCUCCCAGAUGU